CACUAGCACUUUUUCCAUGUUUCUUCCGCCCGCACUCCAGCAGCGAGCGGACGGGAUGGCUGGAGGGCGAGCGAGCGAGCGGGUGGGCAGCCACCCCACCCAUUCCAAAACCUGCUAUCCGGCAACCCUGGAGGGUCUGGAGUGGUGGCCGGCCUGAUGCUCGGCUGGAACAGUGGCCGCCUGAAGCCCGUGCGAGUAGGGAGCAACGAGUGACGUUCCCAGCUUCACUCCGCCCUCCCGCAGCCUCAUCCCUUCCGUGCAGAGCGGGGAGCGCAGACCCUGAGAGGACUCACACGACACAAGCCCAGGCGCUGGUGCUGAGUGGACUCUGCCGGGAUGCUGUCGCCCUCUCCUCUUGUGAUCCGUUGCGGCGAGUGGAGCGAGAGCAUCCCGUGACUCGUCCUCAAGUGCUGCGACGUACUCACGAUACAACUACUGCAGUCUGACCUCCUACAGUGACGGGGACGUACAGUUGUCUACAGCUAUAGUGGUGGUGGUGGUGGUGGUGUGGUGACGCCGGCAGUGGUGGUGCAGUGAGUGCCUGGGUCAACUUUUCGGGGUUGGAUGGUGUUCCUGGUAACUGGCAAGGCUGAGAUGACCUGACGUGACCUGAUUCUUCCUAUUCGUCCUUACUGCCUCGUCCGGGUCAUGCAUCCCUAGCUGUGCAGCACACGCUACCUGGAUGUCUCCUAUCAGGCUUCAAGAGGCGGACUGCUGACUUCCCAUUUCCAGAACUGCGUCGCUUCGGGGAGGGCGCCGCCGCCGCACCGCACGCCGCGCCACCGAGUCAUGGAAAGGAAGGCGGUGACGCUUGACGCUCCUCCUGACGGCUUCACGGACAAGGCGGUGGAGUAGCGAGGAGGCGGCGGCCGCGAUGGUGGGAGGCAGUGGUGACAGGACGCCGCUACUGAUGGUGGCCCGCUGCCCUUCCCCGUCUGGUGACGACCCUGUGUGGGGAUGCUCCCCCGAACCUGCGUCCGUCCCUCCCCAACCCCCUCCCCUCCCGACUCUCAGCACGGACCAUGUUCAGAAAAAACGAAGGUUCCUCACCAGGCUGGGUCUGUCCUCCAUGCUUUCCCUUCGCACCCCGCCGUCCGUGAGUCCGGGGACGAAAGCGGAAACCACAAAACCUCGCGGAAGGAGCAUCAAUUUGUCUCUCAGUCUACCCUGGACUAGACAAAAGCACGGUGGAAAACAUUGCGCUGUCACUGGAGAUAUUAAAUCGAAGUCUGGAAACAAAAGCUGCCACAGGAGCAGGGCCGCAGAGGAGGAGGAGGAGUCGCCCGUCCUCAUAACUUCCCCAGAGGCAGUAAAAAGGAGAAAACGCCGGCUAUGGUGGGCGUCGAGGGGAUACAAGACUGUUCCAGCAGACUCCCAGACACAACCUACAAGUCAGGUGACCGGCGAGAGGCCAUCACGGGCCUGGGUUCCUGGCGCUCCAGCCUGGUCAUCCGUAAUCCAGGGGCUGCAGUCCGUGGCCCUGGUGUUGGUGGUGUCGCUCCUGAGCCCUGUUGGCGCAUUCUGCCCACGAGGAUGUGUUUGUGACGACGUGAGGCUGCGGUCCCAAUGCGUCAACGCAGACUUAGACGUGAUCCCCAUACUGAUGAACCCCGGCACCCUGGAGCUGAACCUAAGCCACAACAGGAUCAAGACCAUUCUGGAGGGGCUGACCUUUUAUGACGUGCUGCAAUACCUUGACCUCGCCCACAACGAAGUGGUGUCGCUAGGCUCACAAAACUUUGUAUCACAACGGGCUCUCCACACGCUCAUCAUUAACAACAAUAAGGUGUCAAAAAUUCAUAGCAGAGCCUUUCUUGGGCUCACUAAGCUCACAACUUUAGAUUUAAGUGAUAAUUAUAUAGAAAACAUUGAAAACAAUGCUUUUGGCUCCCUAAAUAAAUUGAAAAUUCUCGACUUGUCUAACAAUCGGAUAAAAAAUCUGACUGUAAACACCUUCGCAAAGCUUCGGGGACUGAAAGUGCUCAACUUGUGCAAAAAUGAGCUUAAACAUGUUUUCACUGAAGUGUUUGAGCCUCUAAGAGAGCUGCAGGAACUGGACUUGUGCUCUAAUCAGAUUACGACCAUCCAAAACUUUGCCUUCCAGAACCUAAAGGGUCUAAUCAUCCUUAAACUAAGCAAUAACCAGAUGUAUCACAUCCAAGAAAAGGCCUUCCGCGGCCUGGACUCCCUGAGGUUCCUGGGUCUGAAGGACAACGCGUUCACACACGUGCCCAGCCUCGUCCUUGCGCCCAUUGGCGAUUUGGAAGAACUGGACAUCAGUAUUAACCCCUUGACGACCCUCCCUUUUGCUCCUUUCAUUCAUGUUCCAAAACUUAAAAGUCUCCACAUAUCACGGUGCGAGAAUCUGUCCUCCGUAGACAGCGGAGCGUUUAACAGCUUGGGGUCACUCACUACCCUUGUACUGAGCUUCAACCCUCAGCUAACCUCCCUCCAGCGAGACGUGUUCAAGCCGCUCACCAACCUCAGGCACCUGGUUCUGAGAGGUAACGGCUUGAGGACGUUUGACCAAUCUCUCGUCAGCUCCACUAUUCUCCAGUCCCUUGACCUGCGAGACAAUAGCCUCGAGUGUAAUUGCUCCAUUAAGUGGCUGCAAGAGGCCAGUCUCAACAAUAGCAUCUCUCUCAAAAUUGAGGAGAUUUUGUGCGCAGGACCGGAACUCCUCGCGGGAAGGAGCCUCUCAGAGCUAUCAGAAUAUGAUCUGGAGUGUUACAACAACGUGGUAGUAGUGGCCUCUUGUGCGGCCGCCUCCAUGGCCCUCGUGCUGCUCCUCGUCGCCUUCGGCAUUGUGUACUACAAGAACUGCCGAAAGAUGAAGGCGAUGGUGCACGAUCACUGGCCAGAAAAGAUCGUGGCUACGUGGAAGGACCCAGAGUACCAGAAGCAGCAGCUGGAGGAUGAAGAAUACACUUUCCACUCGCUUCGCGGCGUCCAGCACAUUCCAGUCACAGUCAUCUGACAGGAGCUCGGUGGAGACCAGCCCCCGCCCGCUGGCCUCCACGACGAGCUCAUAAACAGAACAAAGGCGCUCAAAAACACUUUUAAGCCGGAUGAUACCAUCAGGAGAUCCUCUCGCCGCCCCGGAAGCAGUCGGACCCUCCAGGACCACUACUCCUCGCUCAAGACCCCGGGAAGGGCCGCCCACGAUGGUUUCUUUGGUGUGGCUCCUCUGGAGAACGGUGUGGGCUGCACCACCGGUACCAACGGCAGCAGCAACGGCGUCCAUCGCAUCUCGCACUACGUGCCGCCCUCACCUCCACCUGGCGCCGCCCCUCGCAAGCACAAGACGCCCAUUUACGCCGAGCCGCACGUAAAGAUCCGGCAAGGUAGCGGCGAUGGAGCCACCACCAAGGCUUCUAAAGACUCCGGAUACUAUUCCUGCGAGUUUUUGGAUCAGAAUCCGUACACGGGGUCCAUGAAGGAGGCCAGCAAGGGGCGAUCAAACUCUUACCAGUCCAGUAGAAGCCUGGGCCGCCACCUGCCCCCCAGCGACUCGGGAGUGUUCACGCUGAGCCAAAUGUACGCCCACCAGGGGCAGCAGGGGUUCAGCAGCCACCAGGAGGGCAUCUACGACAACAUAAUAUAACGCCAACCGGCCAAAUGAGGACUCUUACGCCCCGUGUUUUCGUGGUCAAUUAUUACAUAAUAUCACGUUUUCCCCUCAUUUGUAUAGCAGAUAGUUACUGUUAUAAGUCACAUUUGUUUCUCUCAAUGCAUGAUAUUGUAAUAUAAAAAAAAUAACUAUAACACCCACAUUACCAACACACCCCAGUUCCUCUUUGCUCAUGAACCUUCCAAGUGAUAGACUCAAGCAGCACUUUUAAGAACGUUGUUUUACCACUCGCGAGGAGUCGGAUUUGGGAGAGUCACCCUCAGAUUUUUAUCACCAUGUACAGUACCGCUCAGUCCCUCCGGACGCCUGCACUCCUUGAUUUUUUAGCUCUUAAGGCUGUUGCUUGGGAUCGGUGCGCCUCAGUCAGCUCUCCGCUGCGCCACCGAUAAUCAAAAGCCUUGGGCGACGCUGAUAAGUCGCCUUUGUCUUGGAUAACAGUGUCAAGUUCAUUGGAAAAUAAUAAUAGUAAUAAUAUUAAAACGAUUUUGUAUACUAUCAACUGUUUUUUCCCGUCAUUAAAACUAUGAUUAUGCUUCA